AUGCGUCGCUUUCUCAAGCCAUCGAAGCCGGUCCCGAAGCCCAAGUCAAGGCUCAUGGACACCUCUCCCACACCUGAGCCUGCAGAUGAUGCACCUUUCAACAUCAUAGACCUCACAAGCGACGAUGAAGAUGACAGCAGCUCGAUCCCACCAAUUCCAGACGCUGAAGAGUACGACAAUGAAGGCGAAGAUGCUGUAGAGCAGCUCACAGAAGAAGAAUUCUUUCGGCACAUCAGACAUUCACGCACAGCGGUGCCGCCUGGCCAUGACCGAGCGGACUUCGCAACAAUUGAAGAUGGCGCGCGAAUCGGCCCAGGAGACACGGUCGAGCUGCAUAACGGCACAUUCUUCAAAAUUGAGCACAUCAUCCGCGAACGCGCCCUUGGCUAUCAACCACACGCUUUCAAGCUCCGUGGCAUUCUGCUUAAGUGUUGCCGCCAUAUGGACAACAUGUUCGAGAAGAACAUCAACGAGCUGGUGGCUAUACUUUUAGUGCCAUUGCGAGACUCACGCCCAAACUUUGUGACCGGCAUGGAAGAGGUUUCUCUAUCGCUCGUCAAAAGAAUUCGAGAAGUGAUCUUCACGAAUGCCAUUUUUCCCGCGCAUUCAUUCCGGACGGUGCCAUGUCCUGAGAAUUGGUCACAGAUGAAAAGGGACAACAACGGACAGUUGGUUCUCGACAAAUAUGACAAUCCGAGGUGGGUGUACAAUAGUGCUGUGAUCAAUGAGGAAGCACGAUUGGUGGUGAGAUGGGCAUCAGUACGACACUUCGACAAGAGUGAUGGCAAAGUUAAGCGCGAGGUGUUCCGAAGACUGGCGCCCGCUGAGGCCGAUCCCGGAUACAGCGUUUCUCGUGUUCAACUUCUGAGGACGUACCAGAGGGGCCUGAUGCGCAGACAGCGCGCGUCGAGCAGCGCCGCAAUGUCAACAGAAUCUUCAGGUCCAGCGCCGGAGCCAUCACGCAAGCGUCGCAGCACUAUUACGAUUGAUGACUCUGAUGAUGAGGUUGUUGUGACAAAAGUACAGCCUACCAAGAAGCGAAAGCGGACUUUCACUGAAGAGAGUCACGAGAUGACAGAUGUCUUUGCACCUGAGGCUAAGGCGUCAGGCCUUCCUCUCAGUCGAGUGACAAAAUAUCACAGAACGACAUACUCUGAAGAGGUUGAAGCAGGCCCAUCAACUUUCAGCCCGCCCCACCAAGGGCCUACACCUCGAGGUGGGCUCACACGAUUGUACCCACCGCUGCAGAAGAAAUACGCCAUCACCGAUCUAUACUGUGGCAUGGGCGGGGUUAGCGAAGGCGCUCGCAUGGCCGGCUUGAAUGUGAAAUACGGGGUGGAACGAGAAAAGCAUGUCGCUGAAACGCAUCAAUUGAACCACCCGACCUGCCGCACAUUGCAGAUGAACGUCGCCGACUUUCUGCAAGAUCGCGAAGUGCUCACAGUCGACGUCUUGCACAGCUCGUGCCCAUGUCGCUAUUGGUCAAUGCAGCACACCGUCGAUGGAAAGAACGACGAAGAAAAUAUUGCUGCAUCAUUCAUGGUAGCAGAGGCUGCACGCAAGACACAAUGUCGCGUCAUGACUUUCGAGCAAGCCCCAGGUCUACUGUGGAAAAGGGUCAACAAACCUUAUUGGCAGCUUUGGAUUAAUCAGUUUACCAGUAUGGGCUGGGACGUGGAGUGGAGAGUGCUAAACUUUGUCAAUCACCGCAACCCACAAGGAAGAAAACGUUUGAUUGUCAUCGCAGCUUGUCCAGGACAGCUACUCCCUGAAUUUCCAGCCGAGACGAGUGGUCCAGGCCUCAGACCAUUCAUGACGGUUAAUGAGGCAAUCUCGAACAUCAAGCCAGAUGCCACAAACCACAACCCACAGCAGAUGCGCCAGGAGCAGCGCAUGAAGCCCAGGAAUCUGCCAGCGGCAGACGGCAAUAAGGUCUUGCAGCACAUUGUCGAUCGUGCAGGCCCUUCUGCACUGCACCCUAAUGGCCGACGUAAAUUCACCAUACGGGAGGUCAUGCGUCUUCAAACAUUCCCUGAUACUUACAAGAUGCGAAUUGAGAGCAGGAAUGGCCGAACUCCGUGGACCAAAGCAGUGGGCAUGGUUGGCGAUGCUGUGCCUCCUGUGGUCAUGGAGGCUAUCUUCACGAACGUCAUCAAAGCCUUGCAGAAGACAGAUGAUGAGGUCUCGGCGUUCGUUGUACCAGCCGAGAACGCCAUUGAGAUUGAUUGA